ACCGAUAAUGGGAGAAACUACUCACACGUUACCAGUAGCAGCGAUUGAUAGAGUAAAGUAAAGAAAAAGAUUGUAAAAGCGCUGAAAAGGAGAAGAGGGCAUUAUCGUUGUCUCUUAGGCAAUUUGCCAUGUCCAUGUCGAUGGUUCACCCUUCGGUUCAUCCAAUCGAAGCACCACCCAUGACUGAGCAUGCAAAUGCAAUUGCUAUGCCCAGACACAGCUUGAAAGACACGCAGGGCAUGCCUGGCACCCUCGGCGGUUUCCUCUUGCGCCUCCUUCAGUUCUCCUUCGCUCUCGUUUCCCUCUCUGUCAUGGCCACCACCUCCGAUUUCCCUUCCGUCACUGCUUUCCGCUACCUAGUUGCUGCUGUCAGUCUGCAAAGCUUGUGGAGCCUCUCUUUGGGAAUUGCUGAUAUAUAUGCCAUUUUAGUAAGACGUGGCUACCGAAAUUCUAGAAUUGUCAGCUUAUUCUCUAUUGGUGAUGGGAUUACCUCAACACUUACAUUUUCUGCAGCCUGUGCUUCAGCUGGUAUCACAGUCCUCAUUGGCAAUGAUCUGAAUGAUUGUGCGCAGAACCAUUGCAGCCGGUUUGAGACAGCAACAGCCAUGGCAUUUAUGAGUUGGUUUGCUGCUUCACCCUCAUUUAUUUUAAAUUUCUGGACGCUGGCCUCCAAAUAGAAGCAGAGCAGCAAGGAAGGUUUUCAGCUAUUUAUGUAUGGCAUAAACUUUGAGGAUUGAUGGCCCUGAUUGUUGCAAAUUUUAUUCAUGGGCCUUUUUGAUCCUUCUACAAUUCAAGGCAUGAGCUUUAAAACUUUAGCUGUAAUGUUUAUAAUUUUUCAAAUGAUGAACAGUAAUUUUCCAUGUAAAAUGUCUACCUGGGACCACAUGAAGUUAGGAAGUGGGAGUUACCUUAUGCAACAUACCAAUAAUUCAGACUGAGCAUGAUGUGGAUGAAUUUACUCUAGUCUAGCACCCAGAGCAAAUAAACUCCAUUUCUCUACCUAGAGACAUGAAAUUGUACAAUUCUAGCAGUUGGACUCGUGAGAUUGACAAGAUCCUAAAUAAGCAUGCCUACUUUCAGUUAUGCAUUGAGUCAAAUUUAAAGAUUAUACAAUUGAUGCACAUUCACCCACUACAGUUGUCUAGCACAGGACCAAGAGGAAAAGAAGGAAAGGAGGACAAAAAGAAGGAAGUCGAAUAUAAAAAAUGAAUGUAGCACUAACAGCAAUGUGCAAUGGUAGCCAGCAUUCAUGACGCUACAUGGGAUGUUGCAAGGUUGUAAGAACUCCAAAAGAGGCAAACAAGAUUAAAGGGUACGAUGGCAAUGUAUAAAGUAUUAUAUUACUCAUUUUAUUGCAAGAGCUAAGCCUUUAUAUAAAGAAAUGUU